UUUUGCGGAAAUGGGUUGGUCUCCAACCUGAAUCCCAUCUCUCUGAAAAUGGGUUUUCUCGUGACUUACCACACUUCACAUAACGAAACUACAAAGGUAGAUAAAAAUAAAAAAAAAUUUUCCAGUGCUGCAGGCCAAUGUUCUCCUUCACAAGAGUGUCUAAACGGAAUAUGUUGCCCACAAAAUCCUAACAAUUAUCUGGGUAUAUUAAUUAAAAAUUCCAUAAGAAAGCUUCUUAAGAGGCUUGUGGAGGUCAAAUAGCCAUAGAACGUUGUGAUUCUGGGACGUGUUCAAACGGAUUGGUUUGUACCGCCUCUCGAUAUUGUUGUCAAUGUAAAGUUGGGCGUUCUGCUGGAUAUUGUAAUAUGGGUGCUUGCAAACCCGGUUAUCAAUGUCAAAAUGGGUAUUGUUGCCCUUCUUGUCCGGAUAAUACAAUGACUUUUGGUGUUUGUACAGCGGGGGAUUCUACAAAUUAUAAUCUGCAAUAUUCAAAUGGACAGAGGCAACUGGGCUGUCCCAUUGGUAAAUUCUUAUUUUAAAAGAAAAAUUAAUCUGAAGAGUCAGACCUCAUUAAAAUAUACACACAACACUAGACACACCUCUAUUUGGGAUAUGGUUUUUAAAAAAAAUUUUUGUUGACCACAGGAAGGAGGAGUUGCCCAGAUGCCCUUCUAUUUAAUAAACACCCUCAAUAUAAGACACCUCCUAUUUAGUAUACAACUCAUUAUAAGGCACCCUCCAAGGGGGCAUCUUAUUUAUAAUGUACCCCUCUAUUUAACAGACACCUUCAUUAUAAAACCCCUUCUAU